AACCGUAAUCCGCACACCCUCCCGGUCCCAGCAGCCCGCGCCUCUCGACGGCGCUUGCUCCCCGUCGGCGCACUCGCGUCUCUCAGGUUCCUCGGCGCCGCUCGCUCUACCCCGUUGUCUCUUGCGCGCAGGGUCGCUCGCCUUCCCCAUCGCCGCCCUCGCCGGCCGCCGGUGCGCCCGGGCCCCCACCGUUGCCGUGACCUGCUGGCAGCACGCGCGCGCGCCCGCGUCCUGCCCCCCGCCUCGUCCUCACCGGAGUCGCGCUGUGCCGUUCGCCUCCUUGCCUGAUCCCUCGUGCCUUCCUCCUCUCUCCCGCCCUAAAUCGGUUCUGCAUGUUACCGAAUACGCAUGUCGUCCACCUCCUGCCUAGCCCCUCCCCCUCUGCGGCUCCCCUGCCGUAGGGUUAGGCUCCCACCUCCCUCCGCCGCCGUCGGCGCCACCGUCGCCGCCGAGAGGCCAUCACUCAGGUUUAAGCCUCGCGGGGCUGCUCCCACCAAGGUGCUCGACUUUGUGGAAUUUGGCGACAAACGGCUACAGAUUUUGCGAGUCAUGUGUGGAUGGAGGCUGGUUCACAUCUCAUGCUUCAGGCAGGAGCAAGACGUGUCAACAUCUGAUGAUGGCAUCAAUUUCGAGUACAAUGAGCAGGCAGAGAUCUCAGAGGACUCUGACCUGAAGGAGGAAGAUGGUGGAAGCCCCAACAGGGAUGAUCAGAAUUAUGUAAAUGGAUACUGGUUUGAUAGAGCGCAGAAGAUGAAGGAAAAUCUUCAGGAAACAAUUUUCAGAUUUUGGAAUGGGCGCUGGGCGGUACCUUGGACUGGACAAACAAUUGCCCAGGUCAUGUUUUUGUGGAUUGCGACAUUUUGGCUUGUGGGUUCCUGGAUAGUGCCGUUCUUGGCUCAUGCAGCUGGCUUUAGCAAGGAAACAUUGACGCACAGAGGCCAAGCGUUAUAUAGCCUCGUGACGGACAUAACUGAAGGCCUUGCUGGGAUUGCUAUCCUUCACCAGUGCCUUGGUAGGUUCCGCCCCCUUCCUCCAGGCUGGUUUGAGUUCAAAUUGAAGGGCAAAUGGCAUUGGGAUGUAGUGUUGGGGUGCCUGUUAUUUCCACUGGUGAAUUUGCUUUCUCACAUCAACAUCAGCCUAGUUCAUAUGUCAUCAGGGCCAGUUGCCGGGGUAUCCGGUGUAGAGCAAUCCAUUGUGGCCCGUGACCCGGUGGCAAUGGCCUUGUAUGCAGUGGUAGUCACUGUAUGUGCACCAAUAUGGGAAGAGAUUGUGUUCCGUGGUUUCCUCCUCCCAUCUCUAACGCGAUACAUGCCUCUUCCAUGGUCGAUCUUGCUAAGUGCCGCAGCGUUUGCACUGGCGCACUUCAACGUGCAAAGGGUGUUGCCGUUAAUAUUUCUUGGGGUUGUGAUGGGAGGUGUCUUUGCCAGAUCACGCAACCUAUUGGCAUCGAUCGUGCUCCAUAGCCUUUGGAACGGUUUUGUAUUCCUGGAUUUGAUGAAGUGAGCUAUGAUGAUAUUGUUGUCCAGCUUUCGAUAUCUACCUUUGUGUUAUCAUUGUGCACGGAGAGAAAAGAAGCUAACGAAGGGUGGUGGUCAGAUUGUUUAUGUAGAACAAAUCAUGCAGAGACAAGAGAUGUUCAGUGGAGAUUAGACAACAUCGAACGGAUUUUUUGAAGAUUUUUGUGUAGUGUCAGAAUAUAGCCAUAGGACCUGUGCCCAGAAGCGUUUUUUCUUACUCAUGUAAAUAUAUACACAUGAUAAUAAUUACCUAAUCGUAUAUAGAAUUACCAAUUCAUAUGUAA